UCAGCGUCUCGGGACUGCUGUGUUGCGUAAAUUGACAGGCCGGACAGGCGCUCAUUCCGCGGGAGAUAUCGGAUAUAUCAGUUUACGGUGCAGUUUACUUAUACCAGUUAUAUCGCUAGUUAUCCGAGAAUUAUUUUAGCAUUGAACGAGUGAUUUUUUCCUAUGCAAACAAUGAAGUUUUUUCUUUUUGUAGCAAACGUAAUAAAACAAGCGAUGAAACACGAUAUAGGUUUGAGUGCGUAGCCGUGAUGGAUGCAGGAAUUCAGGAACAAUCCCCGAGAGAGAACAUCUAAUAAGCUACCGCUCUGUAUAUAGAUUGCGAAGCAGAUCGGUGGUUGCCUAUGACACUCUCAGCUCCGGUUAAAUCCUCGUGUAUAAUUCCGUACUUCACACACGGGGAAUGACGUGAAACAUUUACACAAACGCCAACAAAAUCGUCCAAGAUGUAGUAUUAAAAUAAAUGCAUUAUAGAACAUUUAAUGGAUUAUUCCAACGUUAAAUAUGGAUUUAUAUCAGAUCAUAUAUUUCAUACUUUGGAUUGGGAUAAGUUUGGAUACAUCACUUGGGCUCCCUCAAUUAAUACGAAUAGGUGGUCUGUUUGGAUAUGGCGAAGACCCAAGUAUUGAAAGUGCGUUUAGGUAUGCAAUAUACAAAAUCAACCACGACCGGAAUCUUCUACCAGACACAAAAAUUGCGUAUGAUAUCCAGCAUCUUCCAACGUUUAACAGCUUCAAGGCUGCCAAAAAAGCAUGUAAACAGGUAAACCUUGGAGUAGCGUCCAUAUUUGGCCCACAGAGUGAAAAUUUAGCAGGCCAUAUUAACUCUAUCUGUAACUUUCUCGAGAUUCCCCACGUUGAGACACGUCUUGACACAAGGGCUGAUGUCGCCACUUCCUAUUCUUUCAACCUAUACCCAGAUAGCUCAGUGCUCAGUAGGGCUUACCUCGAUAUCAUCAAAUAUUUUAAAUGGAGGAAGAUAUUUAUCAUAUAUGGAGACCAAACAAGUCUUCUACUUCUGCAAGAUAUUCUCAAAGCACCUGUAAAUAAUGAUGUCACAAUCACAGUCCGCCAAGCUAGCAAACUCAACAUGAGAGAGGUACUCAAGGAAGCUCAGAAAAAGAAGUUUUCGCAUAUCAUCGCUGAUCUCAAUAUAGAUGAUACACACCUCUUAAUGAAAGCAGCCCUGCAAAUAGGAAUGAUUGACUCCAAUUAUCAUUUUGUGCUGACUAAUCUAGAUAUAGAGACACUUGACCUAGAUGACUAUAAGUAUAACUUUGUUAAUCUAACUGGACUAAGACUAGUUACCAGAGAUGACCCUGACAGCAGGAUCAUACUUGAUGAGAUGGCUGAAUACCAAAGACGCCAUGGCGUUGCACUCCUGAAUAAGACUGAUCUGAUAAAAACUGAAGCAGCUUUGAUGUAUGACGCAGUGAAUACGUUUGCGCAUGCGCUAGAAGGUGCUGAUAAAUCAGCCAAAAUGAGACUGGUCAAUUUAUCAUGUGAGGAGAACGAAGCAUGGUCAGAUGGCAGUACACUCUACAAUUAUUUGAACUUAGUCAACAAACCAAAAAUAAAUGAAGUUAGUAAUGAAUAUCGUGGUCUAACUGGUCCAUUGGAGGUAUCCCAGGGUGUAAGAACAGAUUUCAACCUAGACAUACUUCAGCUAACAAGUAAUGGAAUUGAAAAGGUUGGUUAUUGGAACCCACAAGAAGGGAUCAACUUCACCGUUAGUUAUGAUGCUGUAGAAACACGAUUUGGAAAUAGGACAUUAAUUAUUACUUCCAUAAAGCCCGUUAUUAACCGAACGCUUGUAGUAACCACGCUUCUGGAACGCCCAUAUGUGAUGGAGAAGAAACCGGGAGAUAAAAAGUUUGUGGGAAAUGACAGAUAUGAAGGAUUCUGUGUAGAUCUCCUUGCGGAAAUUGCAAAAAUAGUAAAAUUUACAUACAAAAUAGAAUUGGUCCCAGAUGAUACGUAUGGUGCACCAAAUGACAAAGGAGAGUGGAAUGGAAUGGUGCGACAACUGAUUGAUAAGAAAGCUGACCUGGCCGUAGCUUCACUGACCAUUAAUUACAUCCGAGAGCAAGUAAUAGAUUUCACAAAGCCUUUCAUGAAUCUUGGAAUCAGUAUUCUUUUUAAAGUACCCAAGCGGGAAAAACCAGGGUUGUUCAGUUUUCUUAACCCCCUUGCAAUUGACAUUUGGCUAUAUGUCGUUGCUGCCUAUUUUGUUGUCAGUUUUCUUAUGUUUAUACUUGCGAGAUUCUCGCCUUAUGAGUGGUAUAAUCCUCACCCAUGUAACCCAGAUACAGACAUUGUAUUGAAUAAUUUCUCGCUGGGAAAUACAUUCUGGUUUGCUGUUGGGACGCUGAUGCAACAAGGAAGUGACAUUAACCCCAGGGCAGUAUCAACUAGGAUUAUAGGAGGAAUGUGGUGGUUCUUUACAUUAAUCAUUAUAUCAUCAUAUACAGCCAACCUGGCAGCCUUCCUGACUGUAGAAAGAAUGGUAUCUCCAAUUGAGAAUGCAGAAGACUUAUCUAAACAGACAAAAAUCUCAUAUGGUACAAUAUCAGGGGGAUCUACAAUGACUUUUUUCAGAGAAUCAGAAAUACCAACUUAUCAAAGAAUGUGGUCGUUCAUGUCGAGCAAAAAGCCAACAGUGUUUGCUUCGUCUACUGAGGAAGGGAUUAGAAGAGUAAAGCAAGGAAAUUAUGCUUUCUUAAUGGAGUCCACCAUGUUGGAUUACACCAUCCAGAGAAAUUGUGAUCUUAUGCCAGUAGGAGGGCUUCUAGACAGCAAGGGGUAUGGCAUAGGGACCCCAACAGGUUCAUUAUGGAGAGACCCAAUAUCUUUGGCCAUCCUUAGUCUGCAGGAAAAUGGCAAAAUUGCGAUGUUGUACAACAAAUGGUGGAGAAACACGGGGACAUGUAGCAGGGAUGAAAAGUCAAAAGACUCAACCAAGGCACACUCUUUGGGUGUUGCAAAUGUUGGAGGGGUAUUUGUCGUACUUGUGGCUGGGUUAUCUAUGGCUAUUUUAGUAUCAUGUGUGGAAUUUCUAUAUAAUGCUAAAAGGAAUGCAACUAAAGAAAAGACACAUUCAUGUGCUGGCUCCUCUCACUUCCACAAGCAAUCCCUAUGUACAGAGCUAGCAGCAGAAUUGAGAUUUGCAGUGCGAUGUCACGGAUCGUCCAAAAGACCUGCAUUGAAGAGACAAUGCUCUAGAUGUGUAAGUCACACAGCAGAACCCCCUAAUCCAAUAAAUGGGGUCAGGAGCGCAAGAGAGGUACAGAGAAGACACUCACACCUGCAUGUACCUCCACACAGCCCACAUGAUAGCGAAAAUGGAAAUGGUUAUUACAACUAUCCCGAAUAUAUAGAUGGUGGGAACCAUAUGCAGUAUAAAGAAACCAAAACUUAAAUGACUAAAAUGUAUACCGGAUGCAUCGAUUCAUUUGUGUAUCAAUUUGUGUAUCAAUUUACAGUGUAUACAAUGUAAAUGCACAACACAAAUGAAGGACAUUUGUGCAAUGAACGGUAUCGAUGCAUUGCGAAAACUAUAGUAUUGUUGCUUACUAAGCUUUAGUGUAUAUUUUUGAGUUUCGUAAAGAUUCAUGCUUCCAGGUAAUAUUUGUGAUAAAGAUAUUCCCAUAUUGUAUUUUUCUAAAGCGACUCCAUUUUACUUUAUAUAAUCAGCAUAUACAUGAGGAAAGUUUAACUGUUAACUAUACCUCAACAACAGGGUCUUCAAUUUUGAUGUUAUUGCUUUAAGUGCAUUCUGAUUUAUAUUGGUUAUUGUUUGUAAAUAAGUGCUGACGCAGCAUACAGUUUAUGUAUGCAUUAAGAUACAUGCUUCCAUAGUUCAUAAUGUAUUACCAGUGUACUGUGUUUUGAUGUAACAUAUUAUUCAAAUACAUUUAGUUGAUAAAUAAUUAUGUCAACAUAUUUACUGUGAUUCACACGGUCACUUAUAAGUGUGUGAUCCUCAUGACUAUCAUAGAAUAUAUUUGAAACAAGGAUCAACAUGAUGAAAAAAUUGAAUUACCAAUCAUGGGUAAUUGUGUUCAUGCAUGCGUCACUAAUAUCACCUUUAUGUACUACAUGCUAUUUUAGUACUUUCUGUCCAAUAUCUGAACAAGUUUAAUAUUUAAAUUUUUGACCUAAUUUAUAACACAUUUCAUCGUUUACGUAUUUC